AUGACACCAGCCGCCGCUCGCCCUGGCUCCCUCUGGGACUCUCAAUCAUCUCUCUCCCAAAGCGGCAACAGCGGAGACCAAUGGAGCCCACUGUUCUCACCAAACACCUGGUCCAACACCCCUUCCAACAAUCCACGUCUCUCAUCGCUCGGCAUGAACGAGACCCUCCUCGGAGGCCACAACUUCAACUCCAUCUUGGCAAUGCCACCAAGUGCCAAGAACGAGAGAAGCAUUGGUGUUCAGGCUGAUGAGCUUUUGGAUCGUAUGUUCAUUAAUCCGAUCGGACGUACUGGAUGCACUUGUCAGUGCCAGUGUGGAAGAGGUGGUGCCGCCGUCAUUGGUGGAAACACUCGUGGAUCUUCGUCUAGAGCUUCUGGAGGAUCCGCAUCGCCACCAAGCGUCGAUGGGGCAAAUCAGCAGGAUCGUCUCUCGCCAUCCAAUCGUGAGUUUUUUAGUUUUGAGGAUCUAGAUUUUACUUAA